AUUCUCGUUUCUGUCCUGAUACCUGCCACGAUUGUCUUGGAACGUUUGCUGUUGUCUAAUUUCAUCGAUCUGUACAACCUCUUUUCUCGCAAACCUAACAUCCUUCCUCUGAUACAUGUGCCAGUUGAUCGAAUCGAACCGCUUACCAAAAGCCUUCAUUCUAGGUAUCGAAUCAACGUUCGCAGCCAGCAUUGCAAUACGGAAAUCAUCUCGAGUAUUGCGAAACAGAACAUCGAACUUCCUCUUCUCAUCCCACGGAUUUGGCAUGCCGCGAAAGAUCCGGACCAUGUCCAAGUAAAAGUCCUGGAACUUCUCCCUGGCACCUUGCUUCCGGUUGUUAGCUUGCCGUUCGUAGACGUAGUCGAUGUCGACAGUGUUCUCUCUGAUGCGCUCCGUGAAGAUACAAUUGCGAGACCACGGAUCCUUAGCUCGUGUUCCAGCUCAUCUAUCGUCAGAUGGCCAGGAUUCAACGCAUGGUACUGUGCCGACAAAAGAGACAUGCUAGUCUCCGCCAUGUUCAUUCAACAACACAGGAAAAUCGUAGAAUAA